GUUGCGUGAAUGACGAAAAACGUGGCUACGAAGUACCGUUGGAGAGCCAAACGAAACUACACGACACGACAGAGACACACACACACACAUGCAAACCUUCGCGCGCUCUCUCUCUCUCUCUCUCUCUCGCUGUAUUUCUCUUUUACGCUCACUUGCGCUUGUUUUUCAGCUCCAUUUCGAGGGCGUUUGCAACGGUUAGUUGGCGGCACUGUAGGGAGCGCAUCGGCGAGCAUUUUGUGGAAGUACUCAAGUGAAUUUAGUAUUGUUUUGUAGCUUUCAUUGUUGAUAACGGAACGAAAAAGUGUUGGAUCGUUGGCGAUUUAUUUCAAUUUUUUGCUAAUACAAGCACAUAUACACUCACACACACGCACAUAUAAUAGAAAUAUAAUCGCAGAUCUGCAAAGUGAAUGAAGACAAAUCGCGCGGAAGAAAGUGUUUUAAAGCCAAUCUACGCACUAGCACAUUAUUUAGUCGUACAACAACAACAACAACAACAACGUGAAGUCGUCAAAGCUCAAGCGGUCUAAUGCAACAGCAACGUUUGAUCUGUUAUAGUUGUUGUUGCUAAUUCACAUUGCUUUUCGUGAAUCACACGCGGAGCGAGCAAUCAUCACCUGACUAACUCAACGACAAACUGCCAAAAUAGCCACAACAACAACAACAACAACUGUAUCACUGAGUGCAACAGCAACAACCUACACACACACACACACUUCGCAUCUCAUCGCUCAUCGCAUAGCAGCGCUGCAAAUAUCAACGUUGGAAAACCGGUUAACCACGUCGAGCCUGCACUGUGCGCUUGCUCAUGCCGUUUUUUGCUGUUGCUGUUGUUGUUGCAUACGCGUUUUGCGCACAGCACAAGGAAAAAACUGGUUACGUCGUGCGCUAACAAAUCGCGGACCGGUUGGGCGAGUUCGGUGUUGUUGUCUGUGUUUUUUUUCACGUCGCUGAGGUGGCGAAGUCUGGUUUUAAACUCUAACGACACUGAGCUCUUAAGUGUUCUGGUUUUCUGUGUUAACUUAUCAUCAUUGUUGUUGUUUUUUUUCUGUUGUUGUUGUUGUUUCAAAUCGGGGAACGUUUGAACGGUUUUUAUUAAACGCUAAAACAGGCUUUGCCAUUUAUCAUUACAGUUUCAGCCGUCGAACAUGGCUAAGGACACAAUUUCACUGAGGAAUAAGUCGAUACCGGAGAUCAGCAAGAAAAAGAGUGUCAAGGACUACAUCGACAUCGAUCAAACCGUAUUGGAACCGAGUCCGCAACGCAUACGCAACAUAUUGACGCUGGAGGAGCGCGUCGCCGCCAUCGAGGCGUACGAUUGUCGGCCGAUGUACACGAAAGUGGCGAAAAUGUUCAACUGCAGUUGGGAGCAAAUCAAGAAUAUAAUCGCCAAUCGUGAUGCCAUUAUGGAAUUCUAUAUGGCCACACGUAGCGCUGAAACGCAAAACGAUUCCAAUCGGCUGGAGUUGCGUUCGCGUAAAAUACGCUUUCUCGGCGAGUGUCUGUACGAGUACAUACAGCGUGCACAAUUUCACACGAAAGCGCACAUAACGGAGGAGCUGUUGCGCAUGAAAGCCAUCGAAUUUCGUGAUAUUAUACAAAUCGAUAAUUUCAUGCCGAACAAGGCGUGGAUCAAUCACUUUAAGGCGACCUACAAUUUUUCGCUGUCAAAUCGACAAAUCACAAUCACACGCACACCACCCACCUCGCUGGAUCUCAAGGAUAUCAUGACCUAUUGCACGAAGAAUAAAGCGAAAGUGGAGGCGUCGAGUCCAGGUGCGGUUGAGGAUAGAGAAUCCGAUCUAUAUCGCACUGCGACGCGCAUCGCUAUCUCUGGCGAGAACGAAGCCGCUUUGCAGGAGAUGAAACAGCGACGCUUGCGCAAGAUCAACUUCCUCAAGAAGUCGCUUUUCGAGUAUUGGCAGCGCGCCAGGCAUCACCACAAGAUGCGCAUGAAUGAGAAUUCGUUGCGCAAAGUCGCUUUCGAAUUGAAAGAGAUGUUGAAAAUCGACAAUUUCUAUCCGGAUAAGGAGUGGUUGACGCAGUACAUUACGGUCAUAUAUCCCACAAUGCUCAAACAGGCACAGGAUACGCGGCCGCCGCCAUUAUCGCUCGAUUUGAAGGACAUACUGAGCUACUGCAGCCGGCAGGAUAAUAAGAAGCAAGCGCCCAGCACCAUAACGCUCGCGCCGAAGGAGGCAACACAGCAAUGGGAGACAGCGCAACAGGCGGCAACAACAUCCGCUACAACAACAACACCGCUAGUGCAAAUUCACACCUUCAAUCUGCGACGCAGCGAUGAAGGUGUCAAGCAGGCUGGCGCCACAACAAGCACUAAACCUACAACAACAACAACACUAACGUCAGUGACAAAAAUCAAAGAAGAAGUUAUAGAUCUGGAUGCGGAUGAGGAGGAGCAGGAUGUGAAACCUAACUUAAAUGAACUCUUGCCACCACCACCAUCACCAUCGCCUACAAAAACAACUGCACCAGCUGUUGAAACUAAUAAACGCCGCAGCACACCAACACCACCUGCCACCACGCCCACCAUACAAAAUGGACAACAACAACGCGCGACGAAAGUCACCACACCACAUGCCGCGCAGUUGCCGGUUUUAAGGGUUGUGAGCUUAAGUGAAUUGGUGCCACCGCUCGCUCCGCUACCAACAGCUACGUCGCCAGUCACCUUACCACCCACACAAGCCAAGGAACAAACACAAACAACAAGUUUACAGCGUAAGCGCCCAAGCAGCGAGACGAGCUUCACACAUCAACCUUUGAAGAUACAAAAAAUCGAAUCGAUUGGCGCGCAAAUUGCCGAGCAACCAGCACAUAGUCCUGGUCACUGGUCGGAGCAUAGCGAUCGCGAGGAGGAGGAGUUGCCCAAACACGUAACGAAUUACACGGACGCGUUGAAGCUGUUGAAGCCGCUGGAGGAAUUCGCGAUGCUGGAGGAAAACUAUCGUGUGAUCGGUUUAAUAUCACAGCUCGAAGAGAUCUUCAAGCAUCCACCGCCGAAGGAAGAUAACUAAAAUGAAGUUUAUUGUUAAAUUAUUGUUUCCUAAAAGAAGUAGUCUUAGGCGGUGUUGUUGACUUGUUUUAAAGUUAGAGUGCCGCAUUUAAUUAUGUAAUUAAAGCCUGCUUGUAAAUAUUAAAAUGUAGUAUAUUUAACUGAAUAAAUUGAGUUUAUAUGUAAAGAUCUUAGUACAGAGCAUUAAAACACCCAUACACAUACAAAUAUGAAUACUUAGUUAUAGAAAAUGCUACGUAUUUACAAUCUCUAUGCGAUUCAAUAAUAUUUGACGCAUGUAUGUGUAUGUAUGUGAUAUAUGUAUAUAUAUCUGCUUAACUAUUAAUUUAAUAUUAUUCUUACGUAAUUGAAGUUUUGUUUUUUGCUAAUAAAAUACAUAUAUAUAUAGAAUGAAUACACACUUCGAUUAUCAGUACUGAUGUUGUUGUUAUAAAAGGCGAUAACUUUACUCCAGAUGCUUUCAGAAUGAAUGGAGUUUUUACAGUUGCCUAAAGCUUCAGUUUUCAUAUACAAUCAUAGAAGCUCCUCUUUUAUGUAACCUCAACUACAUCCAGGAGAUAUUUUAUGUUCAAAAAAAUUUUAAACUUACGCCAAAAAAUUUGCAUUAAAUUAGUCAUAUUUUUUAAGUAAUUAAUGAAUUACUGUAAAACAAUAAAUAUGCAUAAAAAUGAAUAA